CAACAGCCUCGAGCCAGCUCCCCUUCCUUAAUUUCCCAGCUGUCCUUCUUUCCUACUACCAUCUCCUCAAAUAUCUUCACUCUCGACUAUUUAACCAUGUACCAACAACAACAACUACCACCAAUGAGUACUACUCCUACUACGACUAUCACCAACUACUCAGACUCAAACACUUCAGACUAUACCGACUCAUCCGAAUCAGAAUCAUCCCCACUCAUCUUCAACAACCAUCUCUCAGCCACCAAGAACAUCAACAGCAACAACAACUCAUCUACUACUAUCGACCUGUUCAACCAUCCACUACUCUCAGAUGAAGCACUCUCAAAGUCAUUCUCAGCACAACCAACAACAACACAUCAGAUCAACUCAAUCCACAAACUACCACCACAACAGAAGCCUCAACAGACGACACCCAUCCAGAACAGAUUCCUCAAGAAGAAGAGGCGAUGGAUGAGAUCACUGAAUAACACCGGACUCUCACUCCGCUCACUCAAAAAACUAUCAGGACCCCGUCUGCCACUCGGCAUCCUCCUCGGCCUGCUCCUCUUCAUCUCCUUCGCCGUCUCACUCACCAUCUUCCUCAUCCACUACCUCGACACCGACAAGGAACCCCUGCCUUGGAGGACCUUCUGUCAAGAACAGAGGGAGUUCCCUCACGAACUAGCCGACUCUCUCGACCCGGUCAAUGUCUUUGUUGGCGUCUUCUCAGUCGACUCGGCCUACGAACGCCGUCAUCUCAUCAGAUCUACCUAUGCCCGUCACUCCCGACCAAUCGACCCCAACACUGGUCAGAUCGCUCAUAACGUACAACUCAAGUUCAUCCUCGGUCGUCCCCGGAUACAACACGUCAGACGAGUCGCACUCGAGAUGGAAACUUAUAACGAUAUCGUAGUACUCGAUAUUCAAGAAAACAUGAACCGUGGUAAGACUUAUGCCUUCCUCAACUGGGCUAGUCAGAAUGCCACCAUCCCUGUCUAUUUUCAUCCCUUACACGAACCUAAACCCAAGACGGGAGUUAACGGAAUCGGUGGGGUCAUGUCACCGGAUGGCAUGGAAACCAUUAACGUCGGCGUCGGUUUCAAGAAAGCCGAUUUUAUCGUCAAGGCUGAUGACGAUUCGUUCAUCGUGCUAAGUGAACUCGAGAGACAUCUCCGAGUGGCUCCGCGUACAAUGACUUAUUGGGGCUAUCUGAUUCGAAACUUGUUCAUGGGCGGAGAAUGUUAUGCCCUGUCCGCGGAUUUGGUCCGCUAUGUGGCCAGUUCGAAGAAAGUUUUGGAUCAUGUGACCGGCGCAGAAGAUAAGAAAGUAGCCAAAUGGAUGAGAAUCCAUCCUAACGCCAGUCAAAUCAACUGGGUAACCGAGCGAUGUUGGAUCUAUGAUCAUCCAAAAGCCGGAACGACCUAUGCCCAUGGGUUCUUAUUUCCUGAUGAGGUCCAACGAGUCCGAGCUGAGGGCAGAGUGGGAUUAUCCGAGGCUGAAUUGGAGGCACGUGGACCGGAUCGCGCACAAUCUUACAGCACCGUGAACAAGUGGAAGGAACGUUAUGUCGCACCCAAGAGUAUGAUGACCAUGGAAGAGGAAGUGGAAGCCUUGGUCGAGGGCGGCGGCCGGUUCACUAAGACGGAUUGGAAGCGGCCCACAUACUAUGAAGACAUGGUCCCGCUCGACAAAGUCCUAUUUGAAUCGGACGAUGAACGAUUACAGAAGAGCUCACUCAUCGGUGGCCCGGCCUCAAUCAAGCCUUCUUCAUCCUAUUCUCGUCCGGGAGAAUACACCCCACCCGUCAGGGAUCACUACGAAGAGCCCUCGCUUAAGUUUGGCAGGCCUCCAAGCGAGCUGAUGGCUAAGAUGCCUGCGAUGGAAGAUCUGCCGGAGUCGCCGUUGAAGGACAAGCUUCGUCAAGGCAUGGCAGCUGAGAAUGAUGAGCUCAAGACCCGACAGGCCGAAACCGAGGCCCAAAGGAGCUCGAAACCAGCUACCAGAUUCAUCCCCUCGCCCACGCUGCGCUUCGACCCCGAAGAGAUGCGGCUCCGGGACGCUCGUUUCCUCCAUCGCCCUCAUGGGGGCACGGUCGUUGUCCACUACCUCAAGCGCAGUGAAUGGUUCCUCGAGACCUCGUUGAUCUUGCUCGGUCGAGCGAAGACCUGGGACGACGGGCUGACCCCACUCGUCUACGAGCCCACACACCAGAUGCGUGCGGCAAGCCGAGACUCGCUCGCCUCGGCGAUCCAGCCGGAAGGUCAUUCGGUCGUCGUCUCUGAGAAGGCCGUUCCUUCGACUUCCAACGCGCUCUCCACCCUCGCCGACAAUCCCUCGUCAUCGAAGACGACAGAGAAAAAUCAAGAACACACGAAGAAGAUCGAGGUGGGGAGAAAUCCGGGAUGGGGCAAGUUUGACCGGGUUGAGGAGAUCCAAGUGGGUGGUCUUUUCGGUGGUGCAAGGCUGACAGGGAGUCCGGUGAUCGACAAGGACGGUGCGAUCAGGGAAGGUCGGAAGCCGAAGCUUCAUCGACCGCCUACGACUCCAGCUUCUGAUCCAAGCUUACACCACUCUUCCCUAUCUCUGAUCAACAAGAACUCGGUUACGAGUCGUGGGCCAGAAGCAAAACAGUUGGCUGAAGAGGAAGUGGAGAAAGAAGAAGAAGAAGAAGAGCCCGCGGAACAGAAGAAUGAGAUCAGGAAGACCCAGUUCGGUGGGGCGGGCUGGAUCCGAGGCAAGCCUAGACUCAGGGUGGCCGACCAUGCCGACGGGCCCCAGUUCGCCACCGAGACGACUACAUCUCCAGGUCCCACUGAUUCAUCCACUCCUAAUGAGAACCACACUUCGCAUCAAGAUAGUCUCCAAGAUGAGCACGAAAUCAGUGAAGAAGAAUACCUCGUUCAAGCAAAUGACUCUUCCUUGGUCCUCGGCAAUCCUUCUCCUUCUCUAAAAUCUGCUACAUCUAUAGAAGAGGACCAUCCAGUCGACAACAUGUCUUCGUCUCCUUCUGAGCCUGUGCUCGAACCUUCUUCAAACCCUCAGCAAUCGGUCAUCAAUGAAGAUCUCGUCGACCACCAACACGUCUUACUUCCUCCUUCUUCUUCUUAGCCAAUCCCUUUGAUACCUUUCUCACUCUCCUUCUCUUCUUUUUUUUUUUUGCUUCCUCAGCUUCUUGAGUCUGAGACAUAUCACCUUCUUCAUCGUUUUUUUUUCCUCUUCUUACUUUUGAUUUAUUAUUUGUGUUUUUUUUUUUUUCUUCUUUGUGCAGUUAUUUCUUUCUCUUCUUUCUCUUUCUCUCUCUUUCUCUCUCAUACAUAAAUAUACACACACACUCUCUCUCUUCCAACCUUUUUUUUUCCCUCAAUGAUGAUGAUGCUUUUUUUUUCUUGAGUUUUUUUUUUUUUUUGCUUUUUUUUUUAGAAAUUUAUUUUUGAUUAAUUAA